AUGUUCGUCAAAGAUAUUGUCGAGCGUGACGCACCACCUCCAACAGCACCUCGUCCGCCUGCGCAACAGUCUCGAGGCUUUCCCACUGCCUCCCACAGGUCAGGGGGAAGCGCGUUCGCCCGCGCACGCAAGGAUGCGAAAGUUCGAGCGGGCGGCGGGCUGACGGUUGGCGAGGGCCGGGUUGUGGAGGCUGUACCUGGUGUACAACCCUCUUCCCAGGAGACUCUACCGUCCGCCUUUCAAGGCUCAUCCCAGAAGGCUGAUAAUGGAGAGGAGCGCUCCGCCAUCUCCCUGCCUGCUCUCUCCGCGGCUGAGCAGAUCCGCCGUCAAGUGCACACCGAGAACCUUGCGCGGGUCCAGGCCAUGUCUCAAGCUGAGCGCGAGUCCGAAGCCGACGAACUAAAGGAACGCUUUGGCACCGACAUCGUGGACCUCAUGCGUCGCCGGCGCGCGGCGCGUGACGGCGCGAGGGUGGGGCCGCGGCUGGUACAGAGCCAGAAGGGGAUGGGGGUGUUUGAGGGUGGGCCGGUGGAGAGACCGACGAGGGGGGAAGUGGAGAUGGGGGACAUGGGAGAAGAAGCAGGUCUGGAGCGAGUGGGAGGCAUGGGUGGGGUGGUAGAUCGGGUUGGUGAGCUCGGUGCCGGGGAACGCGCGCAGAACACUGCGCGUAUCGCGGGCAUGAGCACCGCUGAGCGCGAUGACGAGAUGCGCGACCUCGAGGAACGUUUUGGUGCGGCUCUCCUCGGCCGCCUGAAGAGCACGCUCGCGAAGCGCAGCUCCCCGACGCCAAAGCCUGCAGAGCCGAAGCAUGCCGCGAAGCCUGUGCAUGAUCAUCCCACAUCGGACCCGCGACCCUUCAAGUCCCUCAAGGCCCAGUCCAAGGUCCAGCCCCAAGCCGAGUCUUCCAAGGCCGGACCCUCCAAGCCCAAGUCCGUGCGCUUCGACGCGCCGCCCACACCCACCGAGCUCCGGCGCUACUUCCCAGACGCGCCGGCGAACGACCCAAAGCUGGAGUGGAUGAUGAACUCAGCGGCGGCCUCAGUUCAGCCCCCUCCCCAGACAGAAGAAGGGGAAGAUGAGAACGCUACCCGUUUCGAUUUGCAGGGCAAUCCGCUGAGCCAAGAGCAGGCAGCAAAGCUGCCCUCUCAUCUGGGGCUGCAUCAUCACGGCGCUGCCCCCGAGAUGGCGGGAUACACCGUCGGCGAGAUCACGCAUCUCUGCUACUCGACCGUCGCGAGCCAGCGAGUCGCAAUGAUGGGUGUCCUGGGGCGGGUGGUGCGGAACUACCGACGCGCUGAGGCGGAGAUGAAGCCGAAACCGAAGGAGGAAGCCAAGGAGGAGGAUGGGGAGACCAAGAAGGAACAGGGUUGGGUUGCGGACUGCCGCGACGCUGACGUAGAGGGGAAAGCCCUCUCUGUCUCCUCCUCGAUCCUCGCCUCGCCCACGCGCGCUCUCUCUGUCGUCUCCGCCGCCAUCGACCUCCUCUUCGUUUCCCUCGGCGGUCCCUGGCCCUACCUUGACCACCCGCCCAUCCACUUCCACCCAGACCCCACGCGUAAUGGCGAGGCCACAGGUUGUGCCGCAGUGGCAUGGGACGACCUUUCCUCUCGCCUCUCUGAACUCAUUUCCUCCGACCUGCCCCCUUCUACCCGCGCACAGCUCCUGCGCAUCUUGCGCCGGGCGGCCACAGCCGCCCCGCAAGUCGCGGAGGCGAUCACCCCGAUCGUCCCGCAUGCCGUCAAGGCGCUCGUUCUCCGUCCUGCCUGGCCGAGUGAGAUGCCGAACAUCGAUGCGCUCCGGCUCUUGAGGGAGACGAUCGAGAGCUCGAGGGAGGCAGCGGAGGCUCUGCGACCCACCGCUGAGGCACUGCUCAAGUUCCUCGCGACUGAUAUCCCGAUCUCGGGCAAGGAAGUUGUGCUCGAGGUCCUGCGUAUCCUCUAUGGGCUGGGGCGAUAUGGGAUGGGCGCGAGCUUGGCCGCGAGCGCGCGCGAAGUCUGGUCGCGCCUAGCGACAUGGAUCUCCACCGAAGGAGGGGAAGUCUAUGUGGCCUACUUUGACCUCCUGCGCGUCUGGGUCGUCUGCGCGAUCGAUCCGCACCGCACCACGCCCGAACACGACCUCACCUGGUCCCAACUCUGUGCGCUGGGUAUCGUUGACGAGGCCACCUCCGCUCUCCGCACUCUCCUUGCGGUGGAGAAGGAGUGGACCAAGAUCGCCGCGGUUCUGGCAGUGCUUGCCGAGUACGCCCUCGGCGCCUCGAUUAACGGCCAACGCGGAGGAGAGGGCGAGAAGGACGCUCUCCUCAGCUCAUUGCAGGAGAUGGACCUGUUGGGUGCCAUUCCCACGUCGGUGGCGGACAUCCCACAGGAUGGGGGGUUCAACGCAGCGCUCGCCCAGGUAUUCCACCUCAACAACGCCCUUGACUUCAAACUCGUUGUGGGUCCGCCCCUCCAGCGACUGGUGUGCUGGACUCUCUCGACAGCAGGCAGGGGAGACGUGGAACUCCGCCACGCCGUGCUCACUACUGCGAAACGCGUAGUGGAUCUGGGCAUGUGGGCCCGCAGCGCGUUCGACCUCGCACUCAACUUUGGGCCCGGGGACGAACCCCUCGCCCUGUCGCUAGUUGACGACAUCAUCCGGACCGACUGGGCGGCUCUGGCUGACCUCGAGCACCACCAUGAAGAAGGCGACGAACCCAUACAGCCAGUACUGAACGCGAUCAAGUCCAUCGGCCACGCGGACGGCCUGACGAUCCUCCGCCCCUUACUACACGCGACCAUCCUCCCCGCUUUGGCGGACAUUCUCGCGCCUCGCCCCUCACACCUCUACCUCAAAGCGACGGGUACGCUGCGCCCUCCCCCUCCAAAUCUGCCACAAGCUCUUCCCCUCCUUCAAGACUGGGUAUUCUCCCCCCUCGACGAGCUACUACGCAGUGGCGCCUCACAGGCCCUCGACCUAGCCCCAGGGGACUGGGACGCGUCCGAACCCCAACUCGUGCGGGCGACGCUGGCGCUCUCCCGCCUCGCUCACCUCACCUCCCCAAGUUACAGGAAUCGGACUGACGCGAUCCUGGGGGCAAUGAAAGUCUUCAUGCUCGAACACGGCCUGCCCGACGCCCCCAACUCGGUCAAGGACGUGUUUAGGGACGACGCCGUCUCGUCGUCUCUCACCGCCAUAUUGGACACCACGGCCAUCCCGUCCUCUGGGGAAGUCGUACCUGCGCCACUUGAGAGUGCAGCGCGCUUCCUUGGGGAAACGCCCUUCUUCCAGUUCUAUCAGGACCUCGUGGCUCUCUACGAGGCAGUGAGUUUUGGCGAUCACAACUUCUCAGAAGUUCUACUUCCUCCACUCGCAAUGAAUUAUCCCGUCGAUUACCGUCGUCUCCUGUGGGCGGAGAGCGGGGCACUCCGCUCCCUCCGUAUCGAUACUGGAGUGCCUCUCGAAUGCGGGACUAUCUCGACCUAUUUCACGCCCCUCGAGACCGACCGCGGUGUGCUGCAUUCCUACGCACGCGCUCUUGUGGCGGGCAAGGAGGGAUUCCUUGGCCGCGUGGCUAUGCACCACCUCGCCGGCAUGCUUUGGAAGGGAACGGACACGGAGCGCACGAGCCCACGCGUCCAGCUCCUCGUGGUCGUGCUUGCGCAGGGGAGCGAUGCCGUGCUCCACCGCGUUAUUGCGCACGACGUGGAGGGCGAAGACGGCACUGGGACUGUGGGUGAGGGCGAAGUUAAGCGCCGGGUUGCGGCCGCCGCACAGCUCGGCGGACCACGUGCUGUCUCACGCCUCAAAGCCGCGGGGUACGAGAUCUAG